CGUGUAAUGUACACCCGCAUACAUUUGACUUCAGUCCUUAAUUAAACUGUUAAAAUUAUGAAGUAAUGCUGACAAUUUUCGUCGAUAAUUUCUUGCUUGACUCUUAAUUAGUUCUGGGGUAACUACAGUAGCCGAUCCAUGUUCUCUAACGCCAUAUGAUACGUAGCUGUCAACAUGGAUUGCACUUUGGAAGACAUGCUGCAGCUCAUCAACAACCAGGACAUGGAGUUUGUCAACCUCUUUGACCCCCCUCAGUAUGUUGGGAGUGCUUCGGCACAUGAGCUCUCAGGCACCCCGCACGCCUGCCCUCCUCCCUCUAGCCUGUCGUCUGCCUCCUCGUCUUUCAGGGGGCCCAGCCAUAGCCACAGCCCAGCGACUCACUUGGAUGCUUUAUUGGAAGAUACCACCACUCACACUCUCCCUCCCCCUCAACUGCACCAAGCCCCUGCCUUCGGGCAGCAUCACCUCCCUCGAAUGUUGACCCCUAUGGCACGUCCAGCGCCCCUGCCCACUCAGGGUAACCUGGAGCCCAAACCCCCGGAGGCCCCCCGCCAGAGCAGUCCUGCAGGGAUGGCCUUGGGGUUCAGCUCUCCCCCCCAGGCUGUUUCCCCGCUGCAGCAGCCAGAACAACUACAGCAGCUAAAGGCAGUCAUGAGCUACUCCAGUCAGAACGGACACGCAGGCAGAUCUGUUCAGUCAUUUACAAGUCAGCCAGCCUCUCAACCACAAACCAAUCCAGUGGUCGUCCAAACACAGGUUCACAGUCAGCCAACCCAACUGCUCUCGGCCUCAUCAUCAAACUCACCCACACAAACCAGCUCUCCUCAUGUGCAACAAGUCCCUGUGCUUCUUCAACCGCAGUUUUUCAAGGCAAGCUCUCUCCUGCUAACUGCUAUGAAGCCAGAUGCUGGCGCUAUGGUGAAUUCUUCCUCUAUCUCCACCUCUUCUGUCCAAACCAGCCCUAUGCAGGCCCUGAUGAGUGGCAGCACUUUCCUGACCGCUGUGCCGGUGGUGAUGGAUACCGAGAAGCUCCCAAUCAACCGCAUCGCCGUCAGUGGUAACCCCUCAGGGCUGACUAACAGGGGAGAGAAGCGCACUGCCCACAAUGCCAUAGAGAAACGCUACCGUUGCUCAAUCAAUGACAAGAUCAUUGAGCUCAAAGAUCUGGUGGCUGGAACAGAGGCCAAGCUGAACAAGUCCUCAGUGUUGAGAAAAGCAGUGGACUACAUCCGCUUUCUCCUGCAGUCCAAUCAGAAGCUGAAGAAGGAGAACAUCGCUUUGAGAAUGGCAGCCCAAAAGAACAAGUCUCUGAAGGACCUGGUGGCCAUGGAUGAGGACAGUGCAGCGUGCGAUGUGCUGCCGACACCCCCGCCCUCCAACGCCAGUUCCCCUCUACUCAACAGCACUUUCUCACACUUCAGCAGCGACUCUGAGCCCAACAGCCCCGCUGGGGAAGAGACCAGGGUACAUUCACACUCAUUGCAUUCACUGUGGAAGUCAGAAGAGUCCUCCCCCAGCAGAGCGGGCAUGCAGGACCGUUCCCGCCUGGUACUGUGCACCUUCACCUUCCUCUUCCUCUCUCUCAACCCCCUGUCAGCCCUGAUGAACAGCGCAACGUCUGGCACUGCAGCCAUGGGCACCGCAGGGCAUGCUGGGAUAGGCCGUAGCAUGCUGGGUCUGCAAACUGCAGCCAGCCCAGGGGAGUCCACAGGCUUGCUGAAGUGGGUUUGGCCCACCCUCAUGCUCUGGUUGCUGAACGGACUGCUGACAGCAGGGGUUCUGAUCUGGCUGCUAGUUUACGGGGAACCAGUGACCAGACCUCACUCUGGCUCCUCAGUCCUGUUCUGGAGGCACCGAAAGCAGGCUGACCUGGACCUGGCCAGGGGAGACUUUGCUCAGGCUGCUCAGAACCUGCGGACGUGCCUGAAGGCGCUGGGUCGUCCCCUGCCCACCUCUCAGAUGGACCUGGCCUGCGCUGGGCUGUGGGCCGGGGUGAGGCUGUGCCUGCAGAGCGUGUGGGUGGGGCGCUGGCUGGCGGGGAGGGCCGGGGGGCUUCGCUCGGACCGCUCGCUGCGGGAAGACGCCCGCAAGAGCAGCUACGACGCUGCCCUCGUCUACCACCGCCUGCACCAGCUGCACAUGACAGGAAAGCUGGGCGGCAGCACCCUGUCAGCGGUGCACAUGGCCCUGAGCGCAGUAAACCUGGCCGAAUGCGCGGGCCGCUGUCUGUCUGUGGCCGCGCUGGCUGAGAUUUACGUGUUGGCUGCCCUGAGGGUCAAGGCCAGUCUGCCCCGAGCCCUGCACUUCACCUCGCGGGUUUUCCUGAGCAGCGCGCGGCAGGCCUCGCUCUCCCUGAACGGCGGCGUCCCUCCCACCAUGCAGUGGCUCUGCCAUCCCCUGGGCCACCGCUUCUUUGUGGACGGGCUCUGGACGCUUCACAGCUGCCCUAAAGACAGCAUCUACAGUCAGGCAGGAAAUGCAGUGGACCCGUUAGCCCAGGUAGCGCAGGCCUUCCGGGAGCACCUGCUGGAGAAGGCCCUGUACUGCAUGGCUCAGCCCCAGAGACACGAGACUCUCAGCGAGGCGGAGGGGAAAUAUGCAGACUCUUUGGAGUACCUCCAGUUGUUGUCGAGCUCAUCUGAAGAAGCUGGAGCCAAAGUCCAGACCUUUGCCAUCGGGACCAACAUGGCCACUAUCACAGGCUGUGACCUUCACUCUAAGUGGUGGUCCUCUGUGCUGGUGGUCAUGGUCAGCUGGCUGCAAGGAGACACUGCUACUGCUGAGAGACUCUACCCAGCUGUAGAGCAGCUUCCCAGGAGUCUGCUAACUGCAGAGAACCCUUUGCCCAGAGCGGCCCUGGACACUUUCCGAGCGGUGCGUACCCUGCUGGCCAAACCGGAGCACUAUCAGCCGACCCUGAGCUACAUCGACAGAGCCAGUGCUCUGGUGAAAGACAGUCUGAGCCUGGUUUCAUCCUCCCACUGCAGCAACAUCGACAAGGUGCUGCUGGUGCUCCUGUGUGACCUGCUCCUGGCCUCGCGCUCCAGCGUGUGGCAGCAGCAGAGCUCGGGGCCCGGUGGGGCCCUGCCAGCCAGCCCCCAGCAGCUGUGCGGCUUCCAGCAGGACCUGCGCUCCCUCAGGAAGCUAGCGCAGAACUACAGGCCCGCCACGCACAGGCUGUUCCUGCACGAGGCCACGGCUCGACUGAUGGCGGGAGCCAGCCCCGCCCGCACCCAGCAGCUGCUGCACCGCACCCUGAGGCACCGCCCCACGCCCAUCACUCACGCAGAGGGGAGUGAGGCCAGGCCGGGGCAGGAGCAGAGGGAGCAGGAGGCCAUGCUGGCGUGUCGGUUCCUGCCCUCCUCCUUCCUGUCAGCUCCGGGGUGGCGGAUAGAGAACACGGGCAGCCAGCACAGCCUCCACGACUGCCAACAGAUGAUCGCCAAACUUGGCGGUGGCACAACUGUCACCCCCAACUAGACAUGCGCACACGCGCAUGCAGCAAGCACAAAAAAGCCUCUCUCAGCCUAUCACAGCCUACACACCCUCACACACUACACAACCUUACACCCUCUCAAACCCUGCACACUCUCACACCCUCUCCAACCCAGAAGCAUGCAACAGGAAGAAUAUUCUCAGCCAAUACACUUCUCUCCUUUUUAAAUUCCAAUCAAUUUCUGAUUGACACGGUCAUAUUGGGUUUUAAUCCACUGAACGAUGACUUUACCGACCAAUUUUGUGCAUAUUGCACUGAAAAUGCUGUAAUUUCUUUUAUUUUUAUUAAGGUGCUCUGCCUCCAUGGUGUCUGGCCACUGUGUGGUGCACGUAAGCCUGCUCUCAGCAGGGCUGCUCACCCCGAUGAUAAUCUCCCUGGGCUUUGAGCAAAUAUGCACUGCUGGAUAAUCCCUAUAGCACACUUUGAUCUGGAUCACAUUCAGCCUGUUUUCAGCCAAGGCUGACGUCUCUGUGUCCAUCUGUCUGUGUCUGUCUGUCUGUCUGUGGGCUAAGAGUCGAAUGAUCUGGGCAGUGCCUCUAUCAUAUGAUUGAGGGAAAGGACUCCUUACCUACACAGAUAUGUGUAUAUUUUACCUGCACUACCCUAGUUGGGCUUAAUUUAACAUACUGUAUGCGUUGUUAUUGCAACUUGAUUUUCUCAUAAUUUUAUUUUGUUUUUCUUGUGUAAAAUGGUGCUGUGAAUCUAUUUAUGAUUUUGCAUACAGAGCUUGAAUGAUUAGCAUUUUUCAGCCAGAUAAUCAUUAUUUUCCCCCGGCCCCUUUCCUUUGUUUGUGGGUUGGAGGUACCAGGGUGUGGAAUGAGCAGGAGGCGGGAGUUCUGUGGGGAAAGGUCACCGUCUGCAGUAUUUGAAAUGCUUCAGAAAAACAGGACUCAGAAUGGGCAUAGUUUCUGCUGCUAUGUCACGUGAUAAGUGAAUGAAAAUGCAUUUCAACCCUUGUGGAUGAGAAACAGUGUUACCAUUGUUGUAGCAGCAAUGUUUGGCAGGUUAUUGCUUGUGGUCUUUGGCACAUUUUAGGGACUGGUGGUGAGUCUGAACAGUAUCCUCAUUGGCACAACGGAAACUGUGCUGAUGAACAGUGUUUAACGUCAGUGUCCACCCUCCUCCCUGCCUGAAAAAAUGCUGGUUUACUGGACCGCAUUGUCAUUACAUUCCGUGUAAGUAGUUUUCAAUGACAAGGUAUGAACUGUACAUUUUAAAAUCUUGAUAAUAUGAUUUAUAAAAACAAAGCAUAGGAAUACAAUUCAUGGUUCUGAUUCCACCAAUGUCUAAAUACCAUGUUCACUGAUUAGGAUUAUUCUAUGCAAUAAUGUUGGUGCAUCCAUUUCUUCUAAAUUUGUUGUGCAAUUGUACUGUUAUUAUGUGUUGUCUUCAGACUGUUGGUAUGAUUUCAACCUAAUUUCCCUGUUUUUGACAGGAAUUGUGAAACAUUUCCUACUAUUCUCAGUGUUAGAGUCCUUAUUUGAAUUUAACCCUAAUGCUUAUGUUUUAUAAUUUCAAAUGAUUUGUUUCCUUAAGGCAACUACUGCUGAAUACCCUUGAUUCAAAUAAAUAGUUUAUUUUUCUUGUUUUCAACAGUAGUUACAGUAGAAUGCAAACAGCACUUUACCCAGUAUUUGAUUAACUUUUCUACUCAGAAUGUAUAGUCUUUUCAGCCUAGCUGACUUCCUUGUUUCAUGAAAAGGUAAAUAAAAAUAAGCUCUUAUGUCCUGGAACAUUUUGGAGCUAACUACAGAGCACUCAUCGUAAUGCUUUGAAAAGUGUUGCUAAUGCAAUGACAUGUAAGACUCAAAAAUGUUAUUUAUAAAACUAUUUAACUAUUUAA